AUGGUUUCCCUCAGGCGUCCUCUGCUUCGUCGCCUGCUGCUGUCAGCCAUGUUGGCCCUGCUCCUCUUCCUCAGCUCCUUCUGGCUCCCUCAGAGUGGAGGAUCCAGGUGUGGAGGCUCCGGAGAGCCAUGCUUCUCCCAGAGCUCCCAGCCUCCAGUGGCUCCUGCCAGGUGGGCGGAGCCAGACGAAGCCCCGCCCCUCAUCAAGGACUGCCCCGGCCAAUCGUUUCAGGCCAGGCUGCUGCUGCUGCACCUGAGGUCGAGUCUGUCCCAGGAGGACGACGUCCUGCUGGACGCCUACCUGCAGGGCUGGGACCAGCUGCUCAGAUUCAUGGAGUCUCUGGGCUCCAUGGUCAGCCUCUUCUCUCAGAAAGUGAAGGAAAAAGUGGAUUUGAUCCGACAGCUGUCAAUCAAACAGCCCUCAAAGGAUGAUGGGAAAUCGGUUCACAACGAGGCGUACCGCUCCGUUCGCUCCAUGGUGGAGGCGGAGCUAAAAGAGGGCGUGGUCAGCUUCUCCCACCGCACGGACUCGGGCUGCCGCACGCUGCUGCGUCUCCACCGCUCGCUGCUGUGGCUCAAACUGAUGCUGGAGGGUCUGUCCGAGGGACCAGACGCCGAGGGACGCUACCGGACCCCCGGAGAGCUCUGCAGGGAGGCCUACCAGCAGGCGCUGGCCCCCCACCACCCCUGGUUCCUGCAGCGAGCGGCGGAGCUGGUGUUCCUGGCGCUGCCCGAGCGCCGCUUCUUCCUGCAGCUAGUGUGUGUGGAGCGGCAGGAGGAAGCCACGCCCACCCUGCGCGUCCUCAUCCACGCCCUGACGCAGGUCCACGGCCGCACGCAGCGCAUCCUGGAACAGAACCGCAUGCUGGAGCUGCCCUGA